UUAUUAUUAUUAUUAUUAUUGUAGUGCGAUACAUAACAACACAAAGGCUAGGAUGAAACCUCAUGUCUCCGGUGAAGGCUCUCUAGCCAAUGAAUUCAGGAGAUCAAUUGGAGAUAAGCUCCAUCAGGUUGAUGAGGCAACCAUGGCGGCGGCGUCGGCGGCGAUUUCUGCCGACGGCUCUAAGCAAGGUAGGAUUUUGAAGUAUAAUCAAGCUGAGAGACGACGGAGGUGGAGCCACCGGGUGGAAGACCCCAUCAGAACCUUGAUGUUUUUGGGGUCUUUGAAUCACACGUGAUUAACAAUGAGGCAUUUAGACCUGGUCUUGUGUCGAAACUUCUCAAAGUUGGAGUGAAAAUUGAAUACUGCCAAAACCCA